CUCGGACACGUCGCGAGGGUCAGAAGUGGAGGGGCUUCUGAAGAGUCCUGGAGGUGUGACGGAUUAAGGAUCGGAGAGAGAGGCACCGGUAGCGGGACUCGAUCUGGAAAGAAUCUUCUGCUGACUCAACUUUUCCUGGGAAAAUAGGCCGUUCCCACCACAUGGGGAUGAACAUGGAUAUGAGUGGUGGAGACAACAGCACCAUGCCACCUCACCAUCACCCGACCACGUCAUCGGACCACUCCCACAACCACGUGAUGAUGAUGAUGCCUAUGACCUUCUACUUUGGCUUUAAGAACGUGGAACUAUUGUUUUCCAGUUUGGUGAUCAAUACGGCUGGAGAAAUGGCUGGAGCUUUCGUGGCAGUGUUUUUACUAGCCAUGUUCUAUGAAGGACUCAAGAUAGCCCGAGAGGGCCUCCUGCGCAAGUCCCAAGUCAGCAUUCGGUACAAUUCCAUGCCCGUCCCAGGACCAAAUGGAACCAUCCUUAUGGAGACACACAAAACUGUCGGGCAGCAGAUGCUGAGCUUCCCGCACCUUCUGCAAACAGUGCUGCACAUCAUCCAAGUGGUCAUCAGCUACUUCCUCAUGCUCAUCUUCAUGACCUACAACGGGUACCUCUGCAUUGCUGUAGCAGCUGGGGCUGGCACAGGGUACUUCCUCUUCAGCUGGAAGAAGGCAGUGGUAGUGGACAUCACAGAGCAUUGCCAUUAACGUCUCAGUCCAUGGUGUGGCCUUAUCGAUUGCAGUGGAAAGCAGUUCAAGACUGGAAGACAGGAUUCCACCUUCUCUUCUUGCUCCUUAUCUCCUUACGACACACAUACACCUGCUCAACAGAGGUUUAGCUUACAGUCUCUGAGUUAAAGUGGUAACUUCCUUCCCCCGACACUUCUUUCCCUAAUGAGCUGAGUUUCCCAUUUCUCUUGAGGUGAAGCCACUCAGGAGAAGUCCUCUCCUCCGUCAUUAUCUUAGAUCCGAGUUAUAUGUUCUUAUCUAAUCCAGGUAGCUUUCUGUUCAAUGGCUCAAUCGCCUGCUUCCUUUUUUUUAGUCUUGUGUUCUUUUUUUUCUUUUAAACAGACAGUUUGUGAAUUUGAUGGGUUUUUCCUGGGUCAGUGAUGGAAAUGGGUUCACUUUAGCCAGGAUUGAUGGCAGGCGAGGGAAAGUCUUGCCCAGCUAAACCCAGAACCCAAACAUGUUUUAGUCUUUGGACUCAAUGAGUGGAAGAUAGGUUAUGCCUUCCCUAGAUGUGACGUGUUGCACCAAAAUCUUUGUAGGGGGCAGAGAUGGUUUGAGACUGUAUAAAUACAGGCCCAGAACUUGCAGAACAGUGCAUUCCUGGGUGGCUGACUAAUCAACUUAUGUUCCCACUCAACAUUUUAAUUAGAAUGAACUUGUUAAUCAAGGAAAAAAGGUGACAAUCAAUUUGAGAAAAUAGAUAUUUUAAAAUGAAACCAUUGACAUUUUUACUUUGAUUUGGUACCUUAGUAUGUCACAGCUGAAUGAAGCAAGCGUUUAAACAUUUUCUUCUGUUACUGUUUUCAUGUGUCUGCCUCUAAACCAGUGAUUUUCAAACUUUAGCAUGCAUCAGAAAAUCACCUAGCGAGCUUGUUAAAAACCCAGUUGUUGGGCCUCGACCCAGAGCUCCUAAAUCAGUAUUUUUAACAAAUUCCCAAGUGAUGCUCCUGCUGAUGAUCAGGGGACCAUACUUUGAGCAUCUCUGCUUUAAACUAAGGGAGUAUCACCUAGUGGGUGAGCUACCUGGGACUGGGCACGGGAAUUUGAUUUGCUAUUAGUAGGUGGUGUGUCUGGGCUUAACUCAUGUACUAAAUGCUGCUGGUCAAUACUUAAUCAUUCCACAAACAUUUAUUCAGCCCCGGCUGUGUCUGUGUGCCCAGGCCCACAUGCACAGAAGGGCUGGAGCCAAAGUAAACUUUUCUUAGCAUGUAUGAAAUCACUAGUCCUUAUUUUUAAAGAUCUGUAGUUUCUUGGAAGUAGCCUGAAGGUUGAGAAAGACCUUUGAUCUGCAAUGUAAAUCAGCCAGUCUUGGGUUAGAAGGGCAAAAGCCCAGCCAUCUCUUUGAGAGGCUUAGGGUGUGGUUGGCUGAUGGGCAGAUUUUCCUCAGCCCCGACAUCCAAAGGCAUACCAGGCAGAUCCUCAUUCUCUGCAUGACCAUCUUUGUUACUCGGGGUGGGGAGAGCUUAAUUAGAUCACAAGUGGCCAAAAAUUGCUUUCCUUAGUGAAGAAUCGUAUUGGAUUUUUAUUCUCGUUAGUCUACGCUGCAGUCUUGUUCCCAGUCCAGCCUACCUCUGUAUAGUGACUCUUGUGCUGGUCUAUUAAAUCCUGCCCUCCUUGGUGCUAGACUCCUUUUGUGCCUCAGGGCAGGAGAGAGAAAACACAGCUAUCCUGUUGGCCUCUGUUGUGGUUUUGAAGUUUGUACUUACUCUGUUGAUACCAGUUAAAUAUUGGAGGGCGACAAAUGUGUACUUGCAUGGCUUUGAACCAAGAGAGGCUUAUGAGCUUAGCGGAUCGAGGUUAAAACCUAAGAACCAACACUUAGAAUUUUAUGUUCUUCUCUCAUUCCAACCCCUUGUAGUGCUGAUACUUAGUAUAAGCAAAGGGAAUGACAGGUACUGAUAAAAAUCCAACAUUAAGGUACAAAUAGCCUGUAUUGUCUCAGAAGCCAAUGAAUAAUAAAACCCUGAGAAAUAAAAUCAAUGUUUAGUAGUAACCCUGGUACUCUCUAGACAUCUUGUCAUGAUCUGCUAUGAAGUAACCUUAUCAGGUUAUUUUCAAGGUGUGAAAAAUCAAGGCCAGUUAAGACAAAAUGCUGCAAAUUUCAAACUCUCAGAGAAGCAAUUUGGGAUAUGUCUUUGGGUAUUCAAGAUAGAGUCUCAUGAGAAACCUGAAUUCUGUGAUCUUGAGCUAGGUUGCCAAAGGAAGAA